CGCGACGUGUGUGGAAAUUAUAGUUCUCUUUAGUCAUCCGAACGUGUAAAACGGUGAAUGAGUGCUAGAACAGCGUAAAGCUAAAGCUAUUUCACAACAACGAUCAAAUAUUAUUCAUUCAAUUUUCGAACCGUACAGUAGCAAAGUAAAAAUGUCAACGAAAACAUCGCUCACUGGCAAUGAGGUGCGUUCAGCAUACAUUGAUUUUUUCAAGCAACGUCAACACAUUUACGUUCAUUCAUCGUCAACCAUUCCGCUGGAUGAUCCAACUUUGCUGUUUGCCAAUGCUGGCAUGAAUCAGUUUAAGCCGAUCUUCUUGGGAACCGUCGAUCCAAAUAGUGACAUGUCUAAAUGGGUUCGCGUUACGAAUACACAAAAAUGUAUUCGUGCCGGCGGUAAACACAACGAUCUCGACGAUGUUGGCAAAGAUGUGUAUCACCAUACGUUCUUCGAGAUGUUGGGAAAUUGGUCAUUCGGCGACUAUUUCAAGAAGGAAGUUACCGGAUGGGCAUGGGAAUUUUUGACGGUCGAUUUAGGAUUACCCAAAGAUCGUUUGUACGUCACCUAUUUCGGUGGUGAUGAAAAGGCUGGCCUACAACCCGACUUGGAAUGCAAACAAUUUUGGUUGGAUUUGGGUGUAAAACCGGAGCACGUUUUGCCCGGCAGCAUGAAAGAUAACUUCUGGGAAAUGGGCGAAACAGGACCAUGUGGACCGUGCAGUGAAUUGCAUUACGAUCGUAUCGGUGGACGAAGCGUGCCGGAAUUAGUCAACAUGGACGAUCCAGAUGUGUUGGAAAUUUGGAAUUUGGUAUUUAUUCAGUACAAUCGUGAAUCGGAUGGUACAUUGAGAGGACUGCCUAAGAAGCACAUCGAUUGCGGUUGUGGCUUUGAAAGAUUGGUAUCUGUUAUUCAAGACAAGCGAUCAAAUUAUGACACCGAUUUGUUUGUGCCAAUAUUCGAGGCCAUUCAAGCCGGAACUGGUGCUCCAGCCUACCAAGGACGUGUCGGUGCCGAAGAUGUUGAUGGAAUUGAUAUGGCAUAUCGAGUCGUUGCUGAUCAUGCACGUACCAUUGUGAUUGCAUUAUCAGACGGUGGUUAUCCAGAUAACACUGGUCGGGGUUAUGUAUUGCGCCGGAUUUUGCGUCGAGCAGUUCGAUAUGCAACGGAAAAACUAAAUGCAAAACCAGGAUUUUUCGCCAGUCUCGUUUAUACUGUUGUCGAUUUGUUAGGCGAUGCAUUCCCCGAAGUGAAAAAAGAUCCACAACACAUUGUCGACAUCAUCAACGAAGAAGAGCAACAAUUUUUGAAAACACUCAAUCGUGGUCGCAACCUAUUGAAUCGAACCAUUGAAAGGUUGGGCAAUUCAAAGGAAAUACCCGGCGAUGUAGCCUGGCGAUUGUACGAUACAUACGGUUUCCCAAUCGAUUUAACAACGCUGAUGGCCGAAGAGAAAGGCCUAACGGUUAACAUGCCAGGUUAUGAGGCAGCCAAAGAAAAAUCAUACAUUUUAUCGCAAGGUAAAGCUGGCGAACAAGCUGAUGUGAUCACACUGGAUGUGCAUCAAAUUUCCGAAUUGCAACAGAAAGGCAUACCAUCAACGAAUGAUUCCAUUAAAUACAAGUAUACGUCGGGCGCUGAGAAAGAAGGUGAAUAUAAAUUCGAUGGAUGCAUCGGCACUGUGCUUGCUAUUGUAAACAGUGAAAAGAAAUUCGUUGACAAAGUGACAUCGGGUGAACAUUGUGGUAUUGUAUUGGAUCAAACCAAUUUCUAUGCUGAAAGUGGUGGCCAAAUUUACGAUCAAGGUGUUAUGGUGAAACAAGGCGAUGAAGAAAAUGAAUUUCUUGUUGAUCGUGUGUACAAUAAAGGCGGUUUUAUCUUGCACAUUGGUAUCGUGGAAGGUGAAUUAAAAGUCGGUGACAAAUUAGAUCUUCAAUUUGAUGUGGUACGUCGUCGUUUGACCAUGAACAAUCAUUCGGCCACACAUUUGCUAAAUCAUUGUCUGCUUAACGUGCUUGGAAAUGACACUGAUCAAAAAGGUUCACUGGUUGUACCCGAAAAGCUUCGAUUCGAUUUCAGCAACAAGAGCGCAUUGACCACCAAACAAAUUGCUGCUGUUGAAAGUAAAGCACAAGAAGUGGUUAAGAAAAAUGUAAAAAUCUAUGCAAAAGAAUCGAAAUUGGCAGUUGCAAAGAAGAUUCGUGGCCUACGAAGUGUAUUCGAUGAAGUUUACCCCGAUCCAGUUCGAGUGAUUGCAUUUGGAACACCAGUUGAAGAUCUUGAAAACAAUCCCGGUGGUGAAGCAGGUGAACAGACCUCAGUGGAAUUUUGUGGUGGAACACAUUUGCAACAAUCGGGUCAUAUUCUUGAUUUUGUAAUCACAACAGAAGAAGCUAUAUCGAAAGGUGUUCGCCGUAUAGUCGCACUGACUGGCCCAGAGGCCGCCAAAGCACUCAAGAAAACUGAAUAUCUUGAGAAUGAAAUCAACAAAUUGAAGUCGAUCAUUGCCAAUGACAAGGAUGGCAAAGAUUCCAAAGACUAUGUCAAGAAAAUUGUUGAACUUGGCGAAGAUGUGUCAAAAGCAACGAUUCCAUACGUGAAAAAAGAUGAAUUACGUACGACUUUGAAUGGCAUUAAAAAGACGUUGGACGACAAGGAUCGUGCAGCCAAAGCAGCUAUUGCAGUACAGGUUGUUGAAAAGGCCAAGGAGCUUGUUACAGCUGCACCAAAUGCACCGUAUCUCGUUUAUAAAUUGGACGCAUCAAACAAUACAAAGGCUCUUGACGCUGCCUUAAAACAAGUGAAAACAUUGAGCCCAGACACAUCAGCACUAUUUGUGUCAGUCGAUUUGGAUACAAAGAAAAUCUUUUGCCUGAGUGCAGUUUCGAAAGCUGGCGUUGAAAAAGGUUUGAAGGCCAACGAAUGGGUAUCGCAUGUUGCAGUUGUUAUGGGCGGUAAGGGCGGUGGCAAAGCAGAAUCAGCACAAGCAUCUGGACCAAAUUAUGAUAAAGCUGAUGAAGUUUUGCAAUUGGCUAAGAAAUUCGCUGCCACCAAACUUGAUUAAGUGCAUUUUCUAUAAAAAGACACCAUUUUUGGAGACAUAACCUCUGAUCGAAUCAGUAGUUAACGCAGCAUUUAAUAAAUAUCCACUUGCAUUUUUGGGCCAUGGUAUAUUAUUCAAUGCUAUAUUCAUUCAUUUGAUAAUUCAUUUUCUAUACAAUAAAAUUUAUAUUUAACAAUGAAAAAA